AUGGCCCAGGCCACCGUUAUCGGCGAGAUCACCCAGGUGCUGUGCGCGUCCGGGGGCGCCUUGGAGCUGCCGGAGCUGCAGCGCCGCUUGCGGUCCGGCUUGGGCGGCGACGCGCUGGAGCGGCUGCUGCGGGACCGCGGGCGCUUCGUGGUGGCGCGGCGGGCGGGCGCGGACGGCGCGGCGGCGGCCCCCGAGGGCUUGGUGCUGGCCGCCUCGCCGCUGCGCCUGUGCCGCGCGCACCAGGGUGCCAAGCCCGGCUGCGUGGGGCUCUGCGCGCAGCUGCACCUCUGCAAGUUCUUGAUCUAUGGCGCCUGCAAGUUCGUCAGGGCCGGGAAGAACUGUAGGAACAAUCACAGCUUGACGACUGAUCACAACCUGAGUGUGCUGAGAACUCAUGGCGUUGACCACCUCAGCUAUAGUGAGCUGUGCCAACUCUUGUUUCAGAACGACCCCUGGCUUUUGCCAGAAAUCUGCCAACAUUACAAUAAAGGAGAUGGACCCCACGGCUCUUGUUCCUUUCAAAAGCAAUGUAUCAAACUCCAUAUCUGCCAGUAUUUUUUACAGGGGGAAUGCAAGUUUGGCACUAGCUGUAAGAGAUCUCAUGAUUUCUCUAAUUCGGAGAAUCUGGAAAAAUUGGAGAAGUUGGGCAUGAGCCCAGACCUGGUGAGCAGACUGCCUUCCAUUUACAGAAAUGCACAUGACAUCAAGAAUAAGAGCUCUACCUCUAUCAAAGUGUCCCCUCCUCCUCCUUCAGGCCCACAGGGGACUUCUGAAAGGAAAAACAGUUCAGGUCCUGUGUCCCCAAAUACUCUUAGCCAGGAGGAGAGUGAUCAGAUCUGCUUGUACUAUAUCCGGAAAAGUUGCAGCUUUCAAGAUAAGUGCAAUAGAAUUCAUUUCCAUUUGCCGUAUCGAUGGCAAUUCUUGGAUGGAGGCAAAUGGAAGGAUUUGGACAAAAUGGAGCUUAUUGAAGAGGCAUAUAGUAAUCCCAGACAAGACAGUAUCUUCUGCUCCAAGUUGGCUAGUAGUUUUCACUUUGAUUGUCUGAACUUUGCCUCCAUGAUGUUUGGUGCUGCCCAGGCUCGCCGCCUCUCCACAGCCUCUUCUGUCACCAAACCCCCACACUUCAUCUUCACUACUGACUGGAUUUGGUACUGGGCCGAUGAGUUUGGUUCCUGGCAGGAAUAUGGAAGACCAGGCACAACACAUCCUGUGACUACCGUCACCAGUAGCGAUGUGGAGAAGGCCUACUUGGCGUACUGCGUUCCAGGGUCUGAUGUCCAGGCAGCCACUCUGAAGUUCCAGGCGGGGAAGCACAACUAUGAGUUAGACUUCAAAGCCUUCAUUCAGAAAAACUUGGUCUAUGGCACUACUAGAAAGGUUUGCCGCAGACCCAAAUACGUGUCUCCCCAGGAUGUGAAAACCAUGCAAACCUGCAAUGUCAAAUUUCAAGGCCCAAAGAGCAUCCCAGAUUAUUGGGACCCCUCGGCCCUGCCAGACCCUGGCUUUAAGAAGAUUACCCUCAGUUCUUCCUCAGAAGAGUAUCAGAAGGUUUGGAACCUCUUUAACCGCACACUGCCUUUCUACUUUGUUCAGAAGAUUGAGCGAAUCCAGAACCUGGCCCUCUGGGAGGUCUACCAGUGGCAAAAAGGCCAGAUGCAGAAGCAAAAUGGAGGGAAGGUAGUAGAUGAGAGGCAGCUGUUCCAUGGCACCAGUGCCAGCUUCGUGGAUGCUAUCUGCCAGCAGAACUUUGACUGGAGGGUCUGUGGUCUUCAUGGCACUUCCUAUGGCAAGGGGAGCUACUUUGCCCGUGAUGCUGCAUAUUCUCACCACUACAGCAAGUCUGACACGCACUCCCACAUGAUGUUCCUGGCACGGGUGCUGGUGGGCGAGUUCGUCAGGGGCAACGCCUCCUUUGUCCGCCCCCCUGCCAAGGAAGGCCAGAGCAACAUCUUCUAUGACAGCUGCGUGAACAGCGUGUCCGACCCCUCCAUCUUCGUAGUCUUCGAGAAGCACCAGGUCUAUCCAGAGUACCUCAUCCAGUACACCACCUCCACUAAGCCCUUGCCCGGGCCCUCUGUCCUGCUUGCCCUAGGCUCCUUGUUUGGCAGUCGCCAGUGAGGGGUGCACCAGAGUGAUCUUAGGCCUUCCAGGCUGAUCUUCUCUGAAACAGCUAAAUAGCUUAUGGUAUUAGAUUUUUUUUUUUUUUACAAAAAAUCUUUUAAUGAACUGUUUGUUAAAUAUUGACUUCUCAAUGAAGUUGCAGUCUUAAUCUCUGAUAAUGGUUUCAUUUUUAGUCACUUUUGGGCUUGCUGGUGGACUAACCGGUAGUGAUUGUUAGGUGAGUCCACUUUUGCUUUUUAAUAAUGUGUUAAAGUUUUAUUUUUUACUCUCUUUGUUGACUUUGCUGCCUACUGGCACCAGGCACAGUAUUUCUAGACACAGUUUUAUGGAUUUGUUUUAAUGUUUUAAGAAUUUUCAUCUCUGCAAGGACUCCGUUUUUCAGGGUCUCAUGGCAUCUGUUUUAGUUUUUGUCAGGAUGAUGCAGUAGCUAUUCAUUCACAGCCCUAGGGUGGGCCUAGAGGUGGGCAUUUACUUCUUCCUGUGGCUCAGGCACAACCCAGGCAGCUCCAUGGCUGCUACUCCUGGUUGCCCUGUUUCAUGUUGUUAGAACAGGUGGCUAAUGUUUGGUGCCAUCGAGUCAUUGCUGGCUCCCCUGGUCUUGUUGGGGGUCAGCCAUCACUAGAAGGAGCAGAUAUACCCUGGCAGCUGAUGUGGGUUAGUAGCUCCCCUCAAGGACCCCCAGACUUGGUCCAUGAGUGCCCAAAACCAUAUCUCCUAAAGUUUAGAACCUAAACACACUGGACAUGCACCUAGUGUGGGUUUUAACAUCCCUGUAAGAUUGAACACCUGUGCUGCAAAUGUCACAAAGAGUACGGAAAUAAAAGAAUAUUUAUCUAAAGUA